GAACCAAACAUACCAGACUACCAGUACUAUUCGGACCAGAUCAAUUUUUGGGAUCACAUUCCAGGCCCGUUUUUUCAUCGACAAAAAAAAAACUCUACCUCCCACCAAAUCUCAGACUGAAAUUUCUUCAUCAUUUCACAGAUCAGAGGAAGAAGGAAGAAGGAAGAAGAAGAAGAAGCAGAAGGCGAAAAGAACGUGAAAAAUGGCUGUAGAUGAAUUGCCACUGGACGACAAAGCAAAGAGGAUGAGAGAUCUUCUCUCCAGUUUCUACUCUCCAGACCCAUCCAUGUCCUCCGACACCUCCUCCAAACUCGCCUCUCGAGACGACAUCAACUCCCCUUCCUUCGAUCCCGAUCACUACAUGAAUCUCCAGGUGCACAAGUCCAAUUUGGAAGGACUGCUUCAGCGGCAUGUUGAAAUGGCCGCUGAAAUCAAGAAUCUCGACACUGACUUGCAAAUGCUGGUCUACGAGAAUUACAACAAGUUCAUCAGUGCUACAGAUACCAUCAAGAGGAUGAAAAGUAACAUUUCGGGGAUGGAGUCGAAUAUGGAGCAGCUUCUUGACAAGAUAAUAUCAGUGCAGUCAAGGAGUGACAAUGUCAACACUUCACUAUUUGACAAAAGGGAGCAUAUCGAGAAACUGCAUCGAACUUGCAAUCUUCUUCGGAAAGUUCAGUUCAUAUAUGAUCUACCUGAUAGACUUGGCAAGUGCAUCAAAGCAGAGGCGUAUGCAGAUGCAGUUCGGUUUUACACUGGUGCGAUGCCAAUUUUUAAGGCAUAUGGAGAUUCAUCAUUUCAGGAUUGUAAGCAAGCAUCUGAAGAAGCAAUGGCUACCAUAGUAAAAAACUUGCAGGGAAAGCUAUUUUCAGAUUCUGAAUCAAUACAAGUGAGAGCUGAGGCUGCUGUACUCCUUAAGCAGUUAGAUUUUCCGGUGAACAGUUUAAAGGCAAAGUUACUAGAAAAGUUAGAACAGUCUAUUACUGACAUUCAGCUGAACCCUAAAGAACUAAAUAAUGCUUCAGGGGACCUUUCUCCUUCAGCAUCUGCUCAUGAGGCAGCCAUUCACGAAUUUGUGGAGGCAGUUCGUGCUUUUCGAGUAAUAUUUCCUGAUUCAGAAGAGCAAUUGGUUAAACUUGCUCAGGACUUGGUUAUGAAGAAUUUUGUAAUUACCGAGGAAUAUGUAAAGACACGGAUUAUCCCAGCAGAUCUUCUUGGUGUUCUUCGAGUUAUCUGGAAUGAUGUACUCUUGAUAGAUGAAGUCUUACCGGAAGCAGUUCUCUCUACCCAUUCUCUUGAGGCUGCAAAGUUUGUUGUGACAUUGUAUGUUAGAAAUGCAUUUUCUCAUCUUCUGCAAGAUAUCUCAGAUUCCCUCUUACAAGUCCUGAAAAAGGAUGGAGCAGAGCAGUACUCUCUUGAAACUGUUUUUGGAUCUAGUACAAAAGCUGUUCUCCAAGGAUGCUUGACAGUCUUGCAGGACUUCGGCAAAAUUUUAGAUGAUGACUCUGGGAUCCUAGUUAGACUAAGGGAGUUAUUCAUUGAUUGGGUCCAAGAAGGAUUUCAAGACUUUUUUAGGCAACUUGAAGACCAGUUCCUUCUAUUUUCAGGAAGAACUAGUUCUCCUGCUAUUCAAGUACAUGGUUUGGCAGAGGGAGCUCAAGGGGACAAAGCAUUUGCUAGCCUUGUCCUAGUGCUGGCACAAUUGUCUGCUUUUAUUGAACAAACUGUUAUCCCAAAAAUCACUGAGGAAAUAGCUGCUUCAUUUUCUCGCGGCAGUCUUAGAGGCUAUGAAUCUGGACCUGCCUUUGUUCCAGGAGAAAUAUGUCGAAAAUUUCGGUCAGGCCGUGAAAAAUUUCUGCACCUGUACAUAAAUAUGAGAACUCAGAGGAUAUCACUUCUCCUGAAGAAAAGGUUUACCACACCUAAUUGGAUUAAGCAUAAGGAGCCAAGAGAAGUUCAUAUGUUUGUCGAUUUAUUUCUUCAAGAGCUUGAAGUUAUAGGUAACGAAGUGAAGCAGAUUUUGCCUCAGAGUGCGCGCAAGCACCGCAGGACAGAUAGUAAUGGAAGCAGUGUUUCAUCGAGGAGCAACCCCUUACGAGAGGAGAAAUUGGGUAGGUCGAACACUCAAAAAGCAAGGAGCCAGCUUUUGGAAACACACCUAGCGAAGCUGUUUAAGCAAAAAGUUGAAAUUUUCACGAAAGUAGAAUAUACACAGGAGUCUGUUGUUACAGCUAUAGUUAAAUUUUGCCUUAAAAGUUUACAAGAAUUUGUCAGACUACAUACUUAUAACCGGAGUGGAUUCCAGCAAAUUCAAUUAGAUAUUCAGUUCCUAAGGAUUCCUAUAAGGGAGAUAGUUGAAGAUGAAGCUGCAAUCGACUUCUUGCUUGAUGAGAUAAUUAUUGGUACUGCAGAGCGGUGUCUUGAUCCAAUUCCAUUGGAGCCUCCCAUACUGGACAAACUUAUACAAGCUAAGUUGGCUAAAACCAAGGAACAAAAUACAAUCUCUUCAUAAACAUUUUGUGGAAGUAAAUUCUACGAUCAUGUUGACCUAACCCUAUCUGCUGCAUAGACCGUAUUUUCCUUGUGUUUUAAAGGCAUGAAGGGAAGAUGUAUUAGCUGUAUUUGUCAUCUUUGGGAGAUUUGGUUAUGGUUUUCGCGGUUGAUAGUCAACUUUGUUCCUCUUCUGUUAAUUUGUAAAUCUCUUGUAAGUUGUAACACAUCGCUAUAUUGUUAUUUGUAUAAGUAUUGAAACUGGAGGAAAGUUCAUCCAUUCAUGACUAAGUUCAGUUCUAUCAUGCUUGAUGUUUA